AGGACAGCAAUAUGAACCAGAUCGUACUAACAUUGGCAGGCUUGGCAGCCGUGUGCAGGGCUGGAUACGUCCAUCACUCGCCUCACAACCACAUCGUUGACUAUUAUGCGCCGCCAAAGUACGCGUAUGACUACACUGUGUCCGACUACCACACGGGAGACAGCAAGUCGCAGUGGGAGACCCGGGACGGGGAUGUCGUCAAGGGCCAGUACACUCUGAUAGAGCCGGACGGCUCUGUGCGGACUGUGGAAUACACGGCGGAUGAUCACAAUGGGUUCAACGCAGUCGUCAAGAAGACAGAACCUAAAGUUCCCCACUAUGAGCCCGAGCCCAAGUAUUACGAAGCCCCGGCGCACGCCCCCGUUGCUGCCGACUACGAGCAACACGACUAUGGCGGUUACUACCCUUCACAUUACUGACCUGUUGUGCGGCAUCCAGUACUGGCCGUGGGGCUUUCUGGAGUGUGGCCAAUCAAUACAAAUACUAAUCAUCCUAGUGAUGAACUUUGCUCUUUACCUAAGUAUGUCUAAGAUAAAUUUAAGUGAUGUACAAAAUGUGUAAAAUAUAUAUAUAUCAAAGUUAAAAUAGAAUAAUAUAAAAUAGUAUUAAAAAAAUAUACAGAUCUAUACGUAUAUUAGUAUAACUGAAAUCCUGUAAAAGUACUUACUUGCAAAAAAAUGUUUUUAACUAAUAAAAAAUGAGGUAGUUUAGUUAUAAAUUGAAAAUUAACCACAAUAUUAUAAACAAAAAUAGUUUUUUAUUUGGGUGUUAAAUACAAGUUGUUAUACGAAUAAGAAUCUUCAAUUUAUAUUUUUAGAUGUAUUAAAAAAGUUAUAUCUAAUAAACAAAUUACACAUUAUCUAUUUUAUAGCUUAGUUCAGAUAUAUAGGGUUGAUGUUUGCUAAGUCAAAUUGUUAGUAAAAGAAAUAAAUAAGCUAUUAUGAUUUUACGAAGUUGAUUGAUUACUAAACAGUAGGUGUUAUUUAGAAAAUACAAUAAUUUUUAUUAACAUUUGACCUAUAAAUUUUUUUUCAAAUACUCUUAUAACACUUGUUCGCUAUGGAAGUGUGAAAAAUAAUUAUAACACUUAUUGUGUUAGGGAUGAAAUAGUGUAAUAACCAAACUGAAGGGAAGAAUAACAGUAUAAAGAGAGAAAGUCGUGUUUUUAAGUUUUUAUGAUAAAACAAGUUGGUAUUUUAUAGGUCUACUGUAGUAUUUUUUUUGUUUCAAAUGCAAGAAUUUUAUUUCAAAACCUCAAAGAAACAAAAGAAACUUAGUUUUACAGCUCUACAAUAUUAAAGUUAAUACGUUUUAGUAGUAAAUGAACAAGAUAAAACUAAACCCCUAUAGAGUAAGAAUUUAUUAAUGUAGGAUUCAGCGUUUGUUUGUAAUGUAUAACGUAUAAAUAUUUCUCAAAUUGUAAGAAAAGUAUUGCUCUUUCUUUUUAAAAUUAUGUGGCCAAGAAACAUAACUUAGGAAUGUGCAUUAUUUUGUAUUAUUUAGCUAUGACUGCAAUAAUGAGAGACGGUUGUUAAUUUCCUUGUCAGACUGUAUAGUUUUAUAUAUUAUAUUUUUAUACUGAUGA